AUGAUGUGGAAAUGGCAUCGCCAAGACGAUCUGCAUCGCACCUUGGAUGGAACGACUGUUCUGGUGAUUGCAACAUCGUUUGGUCUAAGUCUUACGGUGACUGCAUGGGCAUUCUUUCGUAUUACUGGAGGUUUGUUUAAUCCUGCAAUCACGUUGGCUCUUUGGCUUGUUGGUGUUUUAACUUCCAUUCGUGCUGUUGUUUUGGCUAUCGUACAAAUUUUAGGUGGAACUAUAGCAGCUGCUUUAGUUCUUGCUUUAACACCAGGCAAUCACGGAGUGGAUACAGUAAAUAAUUCUCUUACGGACGUCAGUAUCGCACAAGGGUUCUUCUUGGAAAUGUUAGGAACAGCAAUUCUAGUUUUUGUUGUAUUAUUGUUGGCUGUUGAAAAACAUAGAGCAACUUUUAUUGCACCUGUUGGAAUUGGUUUAGCUUUGUUUGCUAUCCAUCUAUUCCUUUUACCAUGGACAGGUUGUGCUGUUAAUCCUUCAAGAGCUUUUGGUCCUGCCGUCAUUUCUGGUCACUUUCCAGGUAUCCAUUGGAUAUAUUGGAUCGCACCACUUUCUGGUUCAAUUUCGGCCGUCAUCUAUUUUGAAAUUCUCAAGGCUUUCGAAUAUAAUCAUGCAGUCAUGGCUAUCGAUAGCGAGAAAGAAAUGUCGAAAAUCUCUCCAAUAUACGUUCGUAUUCGCAAUCGUAUCCGUUCUAUGCUCUAA